CGGGUAUUCAACACUUGUAAAUAAAAUGUGUACCAUUUAAAUAUUAAUUUAAACAUUAAAAAAUCUACAUACUUUUGUUAAAGGCAGUCACAUUUUUGUUUAACCUGAAUCAUCAAGACUAGCCGAUUUUAAAAAAUUGUAAAAAAAAAAAGUAUAUGCCAAAAGUUUGUUGACAAGUAAACAGGCCCAACGCCGGCUUGGAUAGCUAAACAGAAACUUGACAAAAGAGCGUAUUCUUCCACAGUUGAGGCCGUAGAGAAUUCCUCCUUGUUACAGACACGCAUCGUCAAUACGAAUAAAACAAUAGACGAGGGGAACAUCUCCAGGUCUCGACUGCUGCACUGACUCAAUUUGGGUCAACACGCUUAGAGAGUAAACACGCCAUAAUGAGGUAAGUUUGACUUUACGUUUAUUUCGAACAUUGCAAUUGAAACGGUGGAGUUUAAGACUCUUUUCCACAAAACUUCCUUUUUUUUUUUUUUUUUUUACUGAUCAAUCUUGUGUCGUCAACAUUUGUUUUAUUUGAAGCAGGAUUUAUGUUCUCUUGUAAACACGAUUUGUUAAGUCAAGUCAACCCCAUGGCUAAAGGGUGAGUACUCGUGAAUUUUGUAAGAGUUAACGUUAUUUGGUCUUCGGCUUCGCUGAGUCAGUCAGUCUGCACGCGGAUCGCUGAAGGAAUACCUUGAUUAAGUCACUCGGUUCAUUUGUGAGAGAUUCAGUAGUUAAGGUCAGUCCUACCUCACAGCAUCAAUAUUUAGAUACUGUCGCCAAAUAUUUUCCCCGUGCCCGGGUGUUUGUCCUGUCUGCGCCAUCGGGUGUCGUAAAUUUCGCAAACAAGUUAUCUUGACUUACUGAUUUGACUUACUCUUGACUUACUGAUUUGACGUCGCCAGCAGGUCAAAUCAAGGAGCUUGUGACGUAACUAAUCGCCGGGGUUCAGUUAGCUGUUUCAGGGUGAGACUGCCUGGUAUAAAUUAGGAGCGGUUUAAAAUUAGAUUCAGUGUGAACAAUUUUCGUAGUGAGAACUAAAAAAAAAAAAGGAACAGGAGAAAUUAGAGGUUGGUUUUAUCGUUUGGAUUGGAUCAGUUUAAUUUGACAUCGAAGCUUGCUCAUUUGUUUCUUUAUGUGUUGGCUAUGUCAUUUAAAUAAAUACAUAAAAUGAUUUUCCAAAAUAAAUGCAAUAUAAUUCGUACAUAAAUAUAUUUUUCUGUGUGGUAGCUUACGGUACAAUACAUGCAUAUUUGUAUAACAUGCCCGUUUUAUGUGUGGUAGCUUACAGUACUAUACAAUUAUAUUUGCAUAUCUUGCCAGUUUUCUGGGUGGCCCGUGGUUCAAUAAUUUGUCAAUGCAAUAUUACCAGUCCAAUAUGAAUGAUUACGACAGCAAAUUAUAUAUACAGUUCUAACCUUCAAUAAAAAUAGAAUAUAUCCUCUAAUCGAACGCUUUUCACGGUUAAAAUGGGAAAACCCAAAUGGCCAAACCAAAGUCAUAGACUAAUUCCCGAAAUGUUCAAAGCGUACUUUUGUUGAUAAUAAAUUUAAUGAUAAAAUCAUAAACCCGUGUGAUUGAAUUGCGCCCCGUGUAGGCCUAUUGGCAUGCGAAAACUUAGGUGAAAAUGACAACCCACGUAUGUUUCAAAAUCUCAAGGUGGCGAUAUUUAUCUUUGUUCAACUUCACGCUUGUCCUUGUGAGUGCGCCUAACAAUGAGCGUUGGGGAAUCCAUUGUCUUAACGGAUUAACAAAUGCGCCGACCUGUCAAAAGAAAAAAAAAAGGCUUUGUGAGAUGUCAAUGAAUCGCUUUCAUCAAUGCGUGCUUAGCCUGGACCGUUUAGCGUAGUUUAGUCAAUGUUUGCGUAGAUCUUCACCCUACACAUGAUCUUUAAAAUGACGAACGGCUCGCAACACACCCAUCGUCCGAAGUGCUAAUCAAUUGUGGCCUACCAAAGCUCACCAUAAACUCUUAACGCGAUUUUUAUUUCAACUUUUGUAAUAAAGCGAACAAUUAGGGUUUAUAUUAUGUCCUCAAAAUAAUGCAUCCUUCAAACAUUUGAAAAUACAAAAAAAGUGACGCAUUUAGUUCAUUUCGAAUCUAGAAUAUUUAACGUAUAACAUUCCAAUCUAGCUCGCUAGCAUGUAAUAGCUUAAACAUUCCAAUCUACAACAGACCCGACAGAAUGGAGGGAGAAGCAGAAGACUUCGCCGCCAUCUUGUACGCCGAGCCUGGGGCUCUUGGGCUCAUCUCGAACAUUGUUGCCGCUCUGAUGAUAGCCACGGAGAAUUGCCUGGACCCGCCCUUCUCAGCCACUGCUCUCACCCUCUCAGGUAACAUUUGUAAUUGUUUCCUAUAACUCAUCACACUUCUUGGUCUCUAUGAGAAGGAAAACAAUUCUCGGCAGCUUUAAUCGAGAAAACUGGGCGGUUCAUUAAUUCGGUAUUUACGAGACAUUUUGUAAAGCUGCAGUUCGAUGUCUGCCCCCAGUGGCGUAGCUAGGGUUGGUGUCACUCGAUGCAGUAAACUCAUGGUGUUAACCGCUGCAGUAAACUCAUGGUGUCACCAGGUGCAGUAAACUCAUGGUGUCACCCGGUGCAGUAAACUCAUGGUGUCACCCGGUGCAGUAAACUCAUGGUGUCACCCGGUGCAGUAAACUCAUGGUGUCACCCGGUGCAGUAAACUCAUGGUGUCACCCGGUGCAGUAAACUCAUGGUGUCACCCGGUGCAGUAAACUCAUGGUGUCACCCGGUGCAGUAAACUCAUGGUGUCACCCGGUGCAGUAAACUCAUGGUGUCACCCGGUGCAGUAAACUCAUGGUGUUACCCCCCUCCCCACCUCCCCAACUAAAAUAAGCCCACAGUAUAACAAUGACAAGAGCAAAAACAAAUUAAGGUAAGGUCAGGAGGUAAAUAUCUUUAAGAACUGUAACAUGUACCCGGUACUUAGAAUCGCUCGACCACAUCGUAUUUGGUAUCAAUAGAAAGCUUUAUUUGUCAGACAAUUUAUAUAAAUAUAGCUUCGUGUCAGCUACGAAAGUUACCGAACACUGCAAUCAGCGUGUAAUCGGAUAUCCUUUUAUGUAAUUUUGUUAGACCGAGCAGUGUGGUCUCUGUAGAUAUAUAUGUUUUCAAUUUGGUGUCCCCCCUUGAGAUGGUGUCACCCGAUGCGGUCCACCACCCCCCCCCCGCCCGCACCCUCCUGGCUACGCCACUGGUCUGCUCUAUAUAGGUGUGGUUUAUUUAAUAAAUUGUCACAUGUGUCAAACAGGCAAUAAAUUGAAGUCCUUUUUGACCAAGUUUCUUUUUAUCAGGCUUACUCCACCAUUAGCAAGCUGCUGCGAUAACCAACAAUUUUUCUAAAACAUUUCGUAACUUUACCGAAACAACUAACGAGGAUUUACAUUUUAAACAUAAAAAUGACAGAGUAGCAUGAGAUACGUUAUUCUAAGACUAGAUACAUGAUAUUGUAUGGCAAAGUUUAUGGCAAAGUGUAUGUAAAUAAAAUGUGUUCUCAUGCCUACAAAAAAAAACUGAUUCCAUACAACACGUUUGCCAUGUGAAGAUAUUUUCUUCCACAGGUGUUCACCUCAUCGUGGUCGGUGGCCUCCUUCAAAUAGUCGCAGGACUUUUGGCGUUCCGUAGAUGGGACCACCUGACAGCAACGGCCUUCAUCGUCUUCGGAUCUCUCUGGACUUCUAUGGGGAUCUCCCGUAUCCUGGCUGCACAGACGGGUGAUGUGGAGGCCUCCCGGGUAGGAACUCUGCCAGGCCUCAUUGGCUUCAUGGCGGUGGCUGUCAUCCUGUGCGUCUGUGCCGUCACCGUCAACUUCCUCCUGCCUCCGGUCCUGGUGGCCAUUUUGUUGACGCUGAUUUUUGAAGGGGUCGGCGCGAGUUUCGCGUGGGGCAGGAGGGUGGCUGCCGCGUUUGAGCUUUUUAUAGUUAUCACGGGCGUGUACGCGGUGGUCGUGAUGAUGCUGAAGGGCGUCAGCCAACGGUACAUCCUACCCGGCUUCGGCAACGCACCCUACGACCCUCUCCUCAUGAGGGCGGCCGGGGGCCCAGCCCCGAAGAACGAGAAGAAGAAGGUCACCAAGUACUCAGAGCCGAUGGGAAUGGGCUUCCUUGGCAACGUCGUGCCAGCUGCGGUCAUGGCUUUCCACCAUCUUGGGUUCUUCACCGACUUCCGGCCGGCCAUCGCCAUGUUUAUUUUCACCACGCUGUGCCAGGUCCUGGGUAGUUUCUACUCUUUCCUACGUCACGACUUUUUCCACGCCAUAACAUUCAUUAUCUACGCAAUGUUUUGGAACUCGAGGGCGAUCCUGCAGUUUUUGAUUUCGAUGAACUUCCCAGGUAUCAUGGAUUCAAGGAUCAACUUUUUCGGGCAAUGGACUUUGAUUGGUCUUUUGAUUGUAAUGACGAUCAUCUCAGCAAGCCAUAAUAGGUGAGUUUCAUGAGCACGUGAAGCAAAGGCAAUAGUUGCAAUCCAUACAUAUUUUAGCGAAAUAUAAAGUUAUAUAUAACGAAAAUAAUGAAUACUUUUACUGAAUCCAACUUUUUAAGUGUAAUAUUUGUAGGUCCAUUUGUUAACAGCGUUAAAAAAAAACCUCAACUCUCUUGAGAUUUAGUUUAACAUGUUAAAAACCAGAUAGAGGCGUUUGAAAUUGACGAUUCCUUCAAUUUUAAAUUAAGCUCUAUUUUUAAUUUAUGUGACAUUAAUCCCUCAGAGUUGUUUUCCUGUACAACAUCAUGUUUGUCAUCAUGGCAAUCCUUUCCGUGGACCACAUCCCUGUCGGCGUCCACAACUUCACCUUUGGUGUGACAGCAGCCAUCACAGCGGUCCUCAGCCUGUACGUUGGCAUGUCAGCUCUCGAGAACUCCAUAGCCGAGAAGGCGGUCAUGUACAUCGGUGCAGAGAUCAUCCCGUCUGACAAACUCAAGAACUUCAUCGGGAAAAUCUUCUGCACACUCAAGUGAGUAAAAUUCGUUUUUUUUUCUUGUUCUUUGUUAUCUAUAAUGUUCUAACGCUUAAGAAGAUUCAGUUCAAGAAAAUUACUGCAUGUAACUGUCGAAAUCGACUAUGAACACCAUCAUCAUCGCGAACUUGGCUGUAGGUAUGUAGAGCGCUGAUGAGACCGAAUCUGGCACGAGAUGUUCUCGUGUAAUAGGUGCGAGGGAUUGAUGGGGCAUCUGCAAGUGAAGAGUCAAAUAUAUAUAUAUAUAUUAUGUAUGUCUUCAGUUAGGCCGUUUGCUUGAUAUAGAUAUACGUAGGCUCAAUGAAUUCAUUUUUUUAAAACGUCGGUAACCUAGGCGACAAGGUUUUAAACAUGACCAUACCUAUAAGUAAAAUUGGUAAAUUCAUUAAUUUAUUUAUUUUAGGGCAUCAACGUACUUGACACUUGGAUGAAUUGUUAAUGAUAGAUUGGAAAAUUAUUUUAUGUUAUACAGAUGUACUGCUCGAACACAGAGAAGGAAUCAUCUGUGUGGUUUAACUUACAAAAACAUGCAUGGUAGAGUAGGUGGGCCUGGAUCUUAAUACUCUGAUCAUUGAUCAGCACAGAUCACACAGUCUUGUUUAACAGGAUCUGUUGAUUUUACAGAGAGAAAGAAAGUGCAAAGAACGAAUAUGACGACGAUGACUACAUCGACCUAAAAAUUGUUGACACCCUCAUAUUCACUGGCAGCACAGUGGCGUUGAUGGCCCUCUCAGCAUCUGAGGCAACUAACCCGGUAUGGAGGUUUCUUUUACUAUAAACUAAAUCAGUGGGUCUCAACCUUACUGCAAUGCAGUGACCCUUUAAUACAGUUCCUCGUGUUGUGAUGACCGACAACCAUAAAAUUAUUUUCGUUGCUACUUCAUAACUGUAGAGUAUAUGUGUUUUCCGAUGGUCUGGAACGACCCCUGUAACCCACAGACUGAGAACCGCUGAACUAAAUAAUCAUUUCUUGAAUUAAUUGUUGCUGUGCUCUGUGCAGCUGUUAGCAUUUGAAAAUUCCGUCACAAAUAUAUAUAUUAAAACACAGUUGCUGAAUUUAAAUGUUUUCUAAAUUGUUUUUCUUGUAGAUGUAUGCUGUAGCUUGGAUUAUGGUAGCUGGUGUGUUCAUACACCUGUAUGCUGCCAGAUUGGCCUACGCUGCCGGCUCUUUAGCAAAGGCUUACUCCGCCGUCGUCCUGGCGGUCAUCUGGAUGGUAUGGACCGCCCUUUUCCUCAACGGUGAGUACACGGAAAUGUAUCCACAAGUGCGCACAGCCAUGAUUCUUUGACUUCAUUAAAGAACACACUAUUUCCAGGUACCGCAGUGUCAGCUUUAAAUGACAUGGGGUGCGCAAUGCAAAGGGAGCAUUGUGCUCUAGUCUAUCACUAGACAUUUGAUUAAUUAUCGGGCAGUUAGGAUUUAAAUUAUACUUUAUUAUAUGAGUUGUAUCGGGUCUUUGUGCCGGGGGUGGGUGGUGGAAUGAAUCGGAAUUUAUAAUAAAAAUGUGUUUGCACAUUUUUCCAACACAGAGAAUCUGGCGUUGGCUCUUCGACCUCUGUCAGUAGGACUGCUGUGUCUGUUCACUGUUGUCAUGGUGAUAAGUCCAAGCUUUACUCGCGUAUGGAUCCCAUUCACGCUCUUGAUGGAGUUGGUGGUCAUCACCCAAGUUGUCACCGUGUUCAACACUAAUCCUAGGUGGAUGAUUCUUGUCACAGCCUUACUCGCAGGUUUGUGGAUACACGCAAAUAGUGUUUUUAAUAAAAAAAAAAAUUCCUAUUUGGCCUUUUUUCGGUUUGGUUUGAACUUUUUUCAAAAGUUUGAUCUGGCAACCCUGGGCAGAAAGGGAGACAGGUCAAAUAAAAUUUUAAUUCGGGACAUAAUGAUGUUAGCUCGUUUAGUUGUAAUGAGUUCAUUCAUAUAUUUAAAAAGGCGGGUAAUUUUUGUGAUAAACAAAUUUUUUAAAUUCAAAUAGCUUAUUUUCCACUUUAAACAGUACUUCACAAAAAUUAUAAAUUUGAUUCAAAUAUAUAGUAAUAUAACUUAUAAGUAAGCUAUCUGAAAUGUUUGUUAUUAAUUGUUUAAUAAGGCUUUUUUUUUUUAAUGCAUACUCCCAGAAAUAAUUUAAGUUUAAGGCCUAUACUAUAAAUAUAAAUAUGAGGAAAUUAAUUAUUAUUUGUCAUAUAUUAUUUAACAAAUGCAAUGAUUUAAUGAUUUUCAGCUGUGAUAAGUUUGUAUGCAGCAACAGCUGAGUAUAUCAACACAUUUCUGCAGUGCUCGGUCAUCCCAGUUGGUGAACCUCUUGUCAAGGUAUCAUUAAAAUAAACAAUUAUUAAAAGAAAACAAAAGAAAAAGUGUUAUAAUUUUGGAAUGCAUCCAGAUGAUAACACAAUUGAACAAAAAGUUUUAAAUCAUUAACCUCACUUGUUUCGUCUUUCCAAGCUCACUUGAAAUAUUUCAAGGGAAGCAACAACGUAAAUAUUGAUUAGGGUUUGUAAAAUUCUCAUCACUUCCCCAAAUAAAAAUUAUUUUUUUACAAAGUUUGACACAUAUUUGAAACAUUCAUUCCAUUGUUACAGUCUGCACCUUACUGAUUGUGAAUAUUUAAACCCAACUCCAAUCUAAUACUAAUAUAUCUUUUCUGGUUUUUUUUAAUAAGGAAAAAGUAAACGAGGCCGACAAAGCUGAACCACCGUGUCCCCUAUUUACUUCCCGACGAAGCUCUGCACUCAGACAAGUUGCCAAGCUGUUAGAUCAGGGUUGUGUCGUUGGUGUGCCAACAGAUACAGUAUAUGCUGUAGCAGGAUCCUGCAAACACCCAGAGUCUAUUAAAAAGAUUUACAAUGUUAAGGUAAGAACCUGCUAGUAUCAAUAGUUACAAGAUUUUAUAGUUACGCACCCCUACACUGUUCUUUUUUUUAAAAAUAUUUAUGGCAGGAUAACUUUUAAAAUUGUUAUAUAUGAGACUAUAUGCAUAAACCUAAGUAUUUAAAUUAAACAUAAGUAUAUUUGUUUUAUCUAGGGUCGUCCUGCAGAGAAACCAAUCUGUCUAUGUCUGUCCAGCCUUGACCAGUUAGCUGAUGUCAAUCCACCAUUCAGCGACCUUCUUUGGAAUUUCAUGAGACGCUGCUACCCAGGGGGAAUAAGCUGUGUUGUGCCAAAAGGAGAGUGGCUCAGGGUAAAUUGAAUGGACUGUGACUGCUCCCGACACAGUGGAGGAAAUAAAAUUUAACUAGUUAAUGAGAGAAUAUGAUCAAUUGAUUAAUAUUCUAGAUCUACAAACUGAAGCAGAAAUUUUCUUGUCUAAUUAGUAUGAUUUUUUUUUUUUUAAAUCCUAGAAUCUUGGACUUGGUGACUCUGUCAACUAUGUAGGAACUGCCCAGAGUAUUUGUAUUCGUGUACCAGACAGCUCGGUAUUGGCUUAUCUGGUCAGUCUGUCUGGACCUGUAGCUUUAUCCUCUGCUAAUCCCAGUGGUGGAGAUGACAGCACACAUCAUGAUAUGGUCAUAAACUCCCUGGGUAAGUCAUUUGUUCAAAUUAAUGAGAUGACUUUAAGUUGAAAUUGUAAAUGGUGUGAAAUUCAAUGACUUCAAAAUGAUCUGGAACUUCCUCAAAAAAAUUUCUCAGUUUAUAAGUUUUAAAAUUUCAAUUGAUUAUGUUUUUGACAUUGAUAAAGUUUUGUCAUAGAGUUAUGAGUUUUUUUUAAAAUGGUGAAAUUAUUUAAGUACUCUAAACACAAUUUGAAAAUUAAUUUUCCUAACAGGAGACAAACUGGAUGGUGUUGUUUGUGAUGGCAAGUCCAAUGAACUUGUAGCUUCCACAGUUGUAAAUUGCCUGAAAAUUGAUGAAGGUAGAUACAUUAUGAUUCAUAGCGAAAAGUCUUGUCCUUAAACUCAUGGCAUUAAUUUUUUUCUUCAACUAAAAUUAAAUAAUAAUGAACUUAACCUAUACAUAGGUAUAUAUCUAUUAAAAUAAAUAUUUUUUAAUGUCACAUAGAAACUCAACAAUUUUAUUCAUUUUAAGAUUUUCAUAACAACUGUAGCCAAUUUCUCAAUCAUAUUAAAAAAUCUUUUUUGUUUAUAAUUACAGGCAUAAUUACAUAUUUUCGAAUUGGCUGCACACCUCAAGAUGUUGUUGAUGCUCAUUUCGAGGCAGCUAAAGCAGAGAUUGCAUCCAAGUCUUCCAAACUUAACAUGCAUGAAAAGCUUUCAUAGAAAACAGGAAAUGUUUGUCAUUUAUUAGCAUAUUCAAAAGUAAUAUUUUUCUUACUUUUAAUAACUUUUCAAAUUAUUUUCCAACCGUUUGCAUAUAAAAAAGGCAUCACCAAAGAGUCCAUAUCUAAGAUUAAGAAUGAUUUUUAGAGUAGCCCUAUUUGUCAAUGAAUCCAACUUAUCACCAAAGAGUCAAUAUCUAAGAUUAAAAAUGAUUUUUUAAAGUAGCCCGAUUUGUCAAGGAAAUCCCACUUAAGAAAAUUAAUCAAGAAAUGAAUCAUACCUUUAUGAGUUUUUAAUGGAGAUAACUCUUUCAAAUUUCUGAAUAUAUCAUAAGUAUUACAAUUUUUGUGCCCAUAUCAAGUUAUUUUGUAAGUAUUUUGAACUUUUGUUGUUGAACAAAUUAUAAAUAUUCUCUAGAAUACUUUUGAAUUUCAUGUCACAAUGGAGACAUAAUGUUCAAUAUGUAAAAUAUUAAUUAAAAUUUAAUAUUCUGAAAGAUUAGAUGUUUGAAACAAAUACAGAUUAAUUAAAUAUUGUAAAUAACAAAUGUUGAAUAAUAGAAUGUGCAGUGAUAUAAUACUGCAAGUUAUAAAUUAUGUGAUGAGUGUUUGAAUACAAAAAUGUCACUUUUAUGCAAUUAAUUCUAUCUCAGGAAAUAUAUACAGCUUUUGACCACAGAGAUUCUCUUUGUAAACAUUUUCUUUUUAAUUGAAUUAAACAAAUGUAAAUUAUUAUUUUUUUUAAACUGUAUGGCAGUUGACAUUGAUCCUAUUUCGGACAAAUCAUAUCUUUUUUUUUUAAUUAGUAACAUAGUCUUAUUAUUUACAAUAGUCUAUGCAGCAAAAAGACAUACAUUGAAACAAGCUUUUUUGCUACCCUCUUCCACGAAAAAAACUCUGCAGUUGGCACAUGCUUUCCUUUAAUUUAAAGAAAAAAUGUGCCCCCUCUGCACCCAACUAAACCAUUGCAUUGAAACUCAUUUGUUUGAAAAUCUAAACUUCCCCAUACAUUCUGAAUUAUUAAAAAAAAAUUUUGUGAACAAAUAAUGAAUUCUUAAAUUGGCAUUGAAUAUAGAUGUAACUUUUCCAUAACAUCUUAAAGUUUUAUAGAUUUUAAGGAUGUAAGUAGUGAUUUGAAGAAAAAGAGUGUCACGUGAACUUGUGCCAUAAUAUGUAUACAAAAUAUGGGUUUAGCUUUACCUUAUUCCUUUUAUAUUAUUUUUACAUUCAUUUUAAAAAUAUUUAGAACUUAUAAAAAAUUUUGUGUCAAAAUUUGAUUAUUUAUUUUAGCAAUUAGUUAUUUUCUAAAAAUGUGCGCUGGCGCCCAUUGCAAAUAGUAAAAAAUAUCAUUUUUAUCUUAAUAUUUUGCAUCAAAGUUUUAUUCAAAUUUUUUGAAAAUCUAACUUUUAAAUUAGAUCUACCUUUCCUCCAUCUUUACUUAUUAGAAACCUUAACUUUAUUUCUUUAUCAUAAAUGUUUCACAUAGCACAGCUAUAGGAGAUCCAAUACACCAAGAACUAGAAUUACAAUAUUGGAAAAAAAGUUUGUAUAAUGCUUACACUUUUUUCAAAACAAUUUAACUGGAAAAAAAAAUUCAAGUUGUUAGGAAAAAAUUGAGCUUCCAUUUGCUAUCUUACUAUAUUUUGUAAAUUUUAUAAUGAAAAUAAGUUAAAUGAUCAUAAUUAAUAAUGACCUUAAUAAAGUUAAUAUUUGUAAAUAUAUUUAGCUUAAAUAAAAUUUUGUGCUGUGUAUGAGAAAAAUAGGGAACUACCGUCCUUGAUCUGUUUUUACUGGCUGGGUAGAAGUAGAUUAAAAAUUAUUUUCAAUUUUCAAAAAAUAAUGCUACUUAUUGAAUAUUUUUAUGUGACGUAAGACACAUUUUAGGAUUUUGUUUACUUUAAUUUUAUUAAAAUAAUAUUUUCAUUAUUUUUUUUUCUACUUUCUGUGCCUUGCAUUAUUAUUAAAAUUAAUUGUAAUUAUGUAAUUAACUUGUAUAUGCCUAUGUAUGUGCUUGUUUUGAAUGAUAAAUUCUUGAGUUUUUUUAAUGAUAUAAUCAUGAGUUUGUUUUGAAUUAUAUGUUUUGCGUGUAUUGUCUACAUCUUAAAUUUGUUAUGCUAAAUAAAAGAAAUUGAGCC